AACAUAGACAAUCAACCAGUGCAGUUAAAACUCAGCACAAUGACCUCUGUUGACACAGUUGUAGCAAGUAAACUUGCUAGCAACCUGCAGGUGCGUAGCUUUGACUCUGACACCCAUGUCAAAAUAAAACAAGCCUACUCUCGUGACUUCAUCCCAGUUGACAAGUCCAGCAUUCCCACUAGAGAAACUGCACUUCAGUGGCCACACCUUAAAGGUAUAGCCAACCAGUUACAGCCACUACAAGAUUGCGAAGUGGGUUUGCUAAUCGGCUAUGACUGUCCAUCAGCACUAGCUCCCCUAGAAGUUGUUACAGGACAACUAACUGAGCCUUUUGCACAAAGAACCAUACUUGGUUGGAGUAUCAUUGGGUCUGGCAAUCCCCACUUAGACAGAGAGGGAAAUCAGAGUUAUGUGCAUCGAAUCAAAGUUAAAGAAAUGCCCACACCCACAACAGCUGAUGUGCUAAAAGUCUUAGAGUCAGACUUUAACGAAAGAAACUAUGAGGAUAAGUACGUAUCUCAGGAGGAUGUAUAUUUUUUACAGCUCCUCAGUGACACAAUAAAGCAAAGAGAUGAUGGACAUUACCAAAUGCCCCUUCCCUUUAGGGAUAAUAAGCCACCAGCCCUUCCCAACAAUAAGAGGCUAGCUACAGUUCGACUGCACCACCUAAAGAAAAGGCUAAAGGCUGACAAACAGUAUCAUGAGCAUUAUAGGGCCUUUAUGAAAGACAUUAUCAGCAGUGGUGAUGCAGAACUAGCCCCUCCUGUGACUGACGAGACUGUAUGGUACAUCCCACAUCAUGGGGUGUACCACCCUAAGAAACCGACAAAGUUAAGAGUAGUCUUUGACUGUUCUGCCAAGUUUCUUGGCGUGUCACUGAACAAUACUCUUCUCACGGGACCGGAUAUGAUUAACUCGUUGGUGGGAGUGCUCUGUCGUUUCCGAAAAGAGAAUGUGGCAAUCACCUGUGACAUUGAAAGAAUGUUUCAUCAGUUCUUCGUUUGUCCGGAAAUGCGUAACUACUUACGAUUUCUAUGGUGGCCAGAUGGACAAUUAGACACAGAGCCCAAAGAGUACAGGAUGGCUGUACAUUUGUUUGGUGCUGGAUCCUCCCCCGGAUGUGCCAAUUUUGGCCUUAAGUAUCUAGCACAGCAGAACAGAUUAGACUACGCAAAAGCCUCAGACUUUGUGGAAAAGAACUUUUACGUAGAUGAUGGGUUGACAAGUGUCCCAUCAGUCAAAGAAGCUCAAGAGCUCAUCACAGAAACACAAGCACUUUGCAAACGUGGAGGUUUACAUCUGCACAAAUUCAAUUCCAAUCAAGGUGACGCCUUGUGUCAUCUUGCACCCUCAGAAAGAGCAACCACAACAGAGUUACUCAACCUCAAACCUGAUACUAUCUGUGAAGGUCAUGUGCUUGGAAUCCAGUGGUCAAUCAAAACCGACACUUUCAAGUUUAAUGUAAACACAAAGAGCCAGCCUCCCACUCGUCGGAGUAUAUUGUCAGUGAUUUCAUCUCUUUAUGACCCACUUGGAUUUGUAGCUCCUUUUUCCUUAAGUGGUAAAAGUAUAGUACAGGAGCUCUGCCGUAGAGGCAUAGGAUGGGAUGAUCCCAUUCCUGAAAAUCUGCGCUCACGGUGGGAGGACUGGAAAAACAGUUUGGAAAAGCUCAAGUCAGUCGAAGUACCCAGAUGUUACCAUCCACCAGAACUAAAGGACAUCAUUAAAGUGGAAUUGCAUCACUUUUCUGAUGCCAGUAGCAUUGGCUAUGGGGCAUGCUCCUACAUUAGGUUCAAAAGCGAUGACAACAAAGUGCACUGUAGUCUGGUUAUGGCUAAAGCUAGAGUCGCACCUACCAAAGUUACUAGCAUCCCACGGCUAGAACUCUCAGCUGCAGUCACCUCAGCUAAAAUAAGUGUAAUGCUAAAAUCAGAGCUUGAGAUGCACAUUGAUGAGGAGUUCUUUUGGACCGACUCCCAAGUUGUUUUAGCAUAUAUCAACAACGAGGCACGAAGAUUUCAUGUCUUUGUUGCAAACCGCGUCCAGCUGAUUAGACAGAUUACAGAUCCUAAACAGUGGCACCACAUUGACACAGCUCAGAAUCCAGCAGACCAUGCUUCUAGAGGCCUUAGUGCAUCAGAGAUCAUGACAACUAGCUGGUUGUCAGGCCCAAAGUUUCUGUGGGAACAAGAGAUUUCCUACUCAACCACCCAAUCAGCUGAGGUGCUGGUGGGAGAUCCUGAAGUCAAAGUAGUCAAAACCUUUACAACUCAAACAAGCGAACAAGACAUUAUCCUCAGUCGCUUUGAAAGGUUUUCGAGUUGGUCAAUGCUCCUCAAAGUGGUGGCGAGAAUAAAAAGACUGACAAACAAAACCCAACAUGGCAAUGUUGUUACAGUGGAUGAACGCAAAAGAGCGGCUGAUACAGUAAUAAAACUCCUCCAGCAGCAAGCCUUUCCUCAGGAGCUAAGGGUGUUGAACACGAAUGAAAGCCUUCCAAGCUCUAGCCCUCUUUUCCUGCUGGAUCCCAUUCUAGAUCAUGGACUUCUCAGAGUUGGUGGAAGACUAAAAAACUCAACACUUUGUCAGGAACUGAAAUACCCGAUUAUCCUCCCAAAAGACCAUCAUAUUACAGCAUUGAUCAUUUCUCACUUUCAUGCAAAGAUUUGUCAUCAAGGCAGAAGCCAGACACUGAUGGAAAUCAGAGCAAAUGGGUUUUGGGUGAUUGGUGGGAGCAAACAAGUUGCAAAGCUAAUAAGCAAGUGCGUGCAGUGUCGAAAACUUCGUCGGCCCACAGAGGAACAACGUAUGUCAGAACUACCAAAGGAACGAGUUGAAAUCUCAGAUCCUUUCAUGCACUGUGGAAUGGACUGUUUUGGACCUUUCACCACCAGACAAGGCCGCAAAGAGUAUAAAAGGUAUGGACUCCUCUUUACAUGCCUCUCUUCACGUGCAGUCCACAUUGAGAUGUUAGAGAACCUCUCUACAGACUGUUUCAUUAACGCUCUAAGAUGCUUCAUCAGCUUAAGAGGAACUGUCAGUAAGCUGUACUGUGAUCAAGGCACAAAUUUCAUUGGGGCCAAAAAUGAGUUGAAGGAGGCUCUCAACGAAUGUGACACAAAUGCUCUGGAGGCGUUUCUUGCAGAUAAGCAAUGCGAAUUUGUAUUUAACGCCCCAUCUGCUAGCCAUGCCGGAGGUGUGUGGGAACGGCAGAUUCGAACCAUACGCAACGUUCUCAAUGCCACCAUUGCUCAAUCACAAGGCAGGUUGGAUGAUGCUUCUCUAAGAACACUAUUUUAUGAGGCAAUGUCUAUCAUCAAUGGUCGACCACUCAGUGUUGAAGGACUUAAUGACCCCAAAUCACCUGAACCUCUAACUCCUAACCAUCUGAUUUUAAUGAAAUCAAGGGUUGCUCUGCCUCCCCCUGGACAGUUUGUGAAGGAGGACUUGUAUGCAAGAAAAAGGUGGCGCAGAGUUCAAUAUCUCGCUGAACAGUUUUGGAGUAGGUGGAAAAUGGAGUACCUUCUGAACAUAUCCACAAGACAGAAAUGGCACCAGCCACGUCGAAAUCUUAAGGUCAAUGACAUUGUCAUCAUCAAGGAAGACAUGCUUCCCAGAAGCCAGUGGCAACUGGGUCGGGUUGUUGAGGCUCCAGAAGGAGAGGAUGGCUUUGUGCGCAGAGUCAAGCUUCAGGUUGGCAAUCGAAAUCCAACAAUGAAGUGGGACACAACACACAAACCUCGUGUGGUUGAGCGACCUAUUCAAAAACUUGUAGUUCUUUUAGAAAGUCACUAACAGAUCUAUGUCAGAUGCAUUGCAGCAAAGUUGGUUGUUAAUGUUAUCUGCAUCUGUUUGUAUACUACUUCCUCUAAUAUUUGUUGUUAAGCUGGAAAUCAUGUAUGACUUGUUUAUUUGUUUAGUCAUACAUGAUUUGGUGGGAGUGUAAAUGUCCGUUCUUUGUUUAUAAGUUGGAUCUAAGUUGUUACGGGUAAUGUACAGUAGGGGGCGCUGUAGCUCAGUUGGUAAUAAGGGUGCGCACAAGAGUAAGAAAGUUUCUGCUACCUCCCCGUCAGUCAGUCUCAGAGCUUAAUAUCCUAUUGGCGAGAGAACGAAAGAAAGCGCUCUUUUUAUUUUGUUAGAGAUUAAGACUGGGCGCACAUUUGUUUUGAGUGCAGCUUCAUGAGGCUCAUAAGCAGCAGUUAUGGACCUACAGCUAAACACCUUGCAGCCCUUGGACAGCGGAGCGAGUUUUCACGGUGUAAAUUCAGUAUGAAUCCAGUAAAUGAAAACAACUGCACCCGUCGAGGCUCUCCGUUUCUUCUUUGGUCUGAGGGACUGCUA